UGCAGCCUGCCCGCAGCCCGCCCAGCCACGGGCGCUGCGCGGCGCGGCCCCGGGAGCAGGCUCCGGCGGGACCCGGCGCGGCCGCUGCCAUGGGGCGGCCUGCGGACGAUCUGGGAGCUGGAAGCUCCUGAACCCUGUCUGCUCAGCGUGCGGAUCCCUCCUUGCCUGGGAACACCGGUGACCCUCCUGUUUGGGAGGGAGGCGCAGGUGAAGCUGAGCUCCUUGGGAUGAGGCCGUGCCUGGGGAAGAGCUGAUGGGAUGCGGAGUGCUCUUCCCCACAUUGUUUUGCUCCCGGCUGCUGACAAGCUGCAGUGCGUGGCUGCUGUCACAAGGUUGCCAACCACGUAGCUGAAGGUAGAGCACAGCAGGGGGAAGGAGCAGAGGAGAACACAAGUCUGCAGACCCUUCUUGUGGUAGGGAAGCAAUUCGUAGCCUCUAGCGAGACAGCCUUCUUCCCAGUCCACCCUGCCCUCCCUAGCCUUCCUGCCUUCAAAGACUUGCAUUGAGCGUGAGGUUUGUGUGAACAUCCAGCUUCGGGCUUUCAUCUUUUCCACUUAAAAAGAUGAGCUCUGUUCCUGUAAGGUGGAGCACUUCCUAAAGGGUGGCGUGGCUAAGCUGUGUGCUUUGGGAGCAUUGUUUCCAAGGGGCACGUUGGCCCCGCACAGGGAGGGUGCUGGUGGGUAAGGCUGAGCCGCAGCAUUGCUCAUGGAGCCGGUGACUCUGGGAAACGGAGAACUCCUAAAUUUAAGUCUGGAUGGCUUGGCUAGCAGUCAGGACACAAGAAAAGAUGUUUCUGAUGUCAUUUACCAUGUUGUAAGAGCUAUCUGAUGCAGCAGAGGCACAUCUAAUAUACAGGUUAUGGUUUCAAGACUGAAUUUGAGAGUAGAGGCUGGAGAAAAUACCUCCUAGAAAACAGCAGAAGUCAGGCAUUUUUGGAGAUGAAUUGUAAAAUUAACUUUUCCCAAGUGAUUAUGCUUUUUGUCUGCCUGGACCAAAAAAGCUUUUUUGCAGAUACAGGUGCUGAUGGUAUUGAAGAAUUUGAUGGGCUUUCAGGUUAGGAAGCCUCAACUUGAUUUAAAGAACCUGUGAUAACUUGUGUGAACUCUUGCUUUGGAUGCACAUGCAGGGGUGUUGACUUCUGAAAACAUCCUUUUGCUAAGUGAACAGAACAGUUUUCUAAACAGUAUAAAAAAUCACUUCCUCAGUGACUCAACUGUCUCCUCUUGUGAGGUUUGUCUUCAACAGUGAUACCCUCAGUCUCCACACACCUCAGGACAGGAAAGACCUGAAUUUAUAGCUUGAGUAAGCUGUGAAAGAUCUACAGGGUCUUUAUACAUCAGGAUGUACCUUCAUUCUUCUUUUUCAACACUCAGCAAGCCCAGGGUAAAGGAAUCUGGGUAAAUACUAUGGAAGGCUGCGUUUUUUUUUUCUCCAUGUGGCAAGGUAAGACAAAGACCUGUGAACUCUUUAAAUCUCUGCUUAAAUUGCUUAAUGAUUCACUGUCAAUUAAAGGCUGUACUACACGUACUUGUUCACGACCAGAGGAUUAACGCGAAGUUCAGCAUGAAACUGGCUGAUUGAACUGGAAAGACCUGAACAGGGAAGAGGAUGUAUAGCUCGAAGUGUAAGGAAGAGUUUUCUUCAUCAUGAAGAGAGUCAAACAUUGGAGCUGGUUGCCCAGAGGCUGGGCAGUCUCUAGUUUUGAAGGCUGACCACAGUAAACUGGAUAAAGCUCUGAUCGUGCUUGGAGGAGGAGAUGGGACUGGAGACCUCCUGAGGUCCUGAAAUAAGUUUGCGGAGGCCUCUCGCUGGGUGAUACCACUGGAAGAAAGUUAACUUUUGGAAGUGGGCAAUACUGACUAGUGUACAUCUCGACAAGGUCUCCAAGCAACACUUCCUGUAGGGCUGAAUGACAGCAGAAGCAGCCGGGCAAAUUGAUGAGCUUGCUUUGGGAGCCUACAAGUAGGCAAAACCAGAACGCACGAUGGGUCAGAAGGUCACAGGUGGGAUAAAGACUGUGGAUAUGAGGGACCCGGUAUACAGGCCUUUGAAACAGGAGCUCCAGGGACUUGACUACAGCAAACCCACACGUCUGGACUUGCUGCUGGACAUGCCUCCGGUGUCGUACGAAGUCCAGCUACUGCAUUCGUGGAACAACGACGAUCGCUCGCUGAAUGUAUUCGUGAAGGAGGAUGACAAACUGAUAUUUCACCGGCAUCCGGUGGCUCAGAGCACAGACGCUAUCAGAGGCAAAGUGGGAUACACGCGAGGACUGCACGUGUGGCAGAUCACGUGGGCGAUGCGGCAGCGAGGCACGCAUGCUGUGGUAGGGGUGGCAACAGCAGACGCCCCUCUGCACUCCGUAGGGUACACCACGCUCGUAGGAAAUAACCAUGAGUCGUGGGGAUGGGACCUCGGGCGCAACAGAUUGUACCACGACGGCAAGAACCAGCCAAGUAAAACCUACCCUGCCUUCCUAGAACCAGAUGAAACUUUCAUUGUGCCGGAUUCCUUCCUGGUGGUUCUGGACAUGGACGAUGGGACGCUGAGCUUCAUUGUGGAUGGGCAGUACAUGGGUGUUGCCUUUCGGGGACUCAAAGGGAAAAAGCUGUACCCCGUGGUGAGCGCAGUGUGGGGACACUGUGAAAUACGGAUGCGCUACUUGAAUGGACUCGACCCUGAACCACUGCCUCUGAUGGACUUGUGUCGGCGAGCUGUGAGGCUUGCUCUGGGCAAGGAAAGACUGAAUGAGAUCCCUACGCUGCCACUGCCAGCUUCCCUCAAGAGUUACCUGCUCUACCAAUGACCUUCAUGUUCCAGGAUCGAGAGUUGGAACCAAGGCAAAAUAUCCGGAGCUGACCCACUAGGAGAUGGGUUUGCCACCCUUGUGUCAUCGCUACUGUUGGAACUCCUUGGCCAAAGUACUUCUGUCACUGAUACAGCCUCCAUGUGCCCUUACUGGCAAGCUCUCAAGUAGUCCUUGUUUCAGAACCGAGUGUUUUUGUUCUUUGGAAGUCACUUCCCCUGCACACUUUAAGGAGGAAAAAAAAAAAAAGGAACACUUAGAAGCUCUGUUCCUCCCUGCUUCUCCUGAUAAAAGGCUGUCCUGCAUCCUUUGGGUUGUAGAGCCUGGGAGCAAGCUCUCCUGUACCAGCUGAAGGGAAGAACAUAGUUUAGGGGAAGGGAAGGCACUAGGAGUGGUCAUCUUAAGACCAGGUGCUAAGAACAGAAAGGCAUGGGGUGGCCAGCAGAGUUGGGAAGAGUCUGGAAUACCAAGAGGAAUUCAUUGCUGAGUUUUGAAAACCAAAAAAAACCCAAACCCUGAAACACCAAAACCAAGAACCCUUCCACCAGGACACUUAAAUUGGAGGAGGUGGUUAUGUUGCUGAUAUCUGUCUCUCUGCUAGGACUCCUUACCAUGUUUCAUAGACAGUAAACCUUGCUUUCUUGUUUAUCACCAUCACACUCGGUUCUCCUGUUCCAUUCUGUCCUGCCUCCUCUUAGUGGGUGUGACUCGGUUGGUUGAACAGUCACCCCACGUCUUCAUCUGCCCUCUUCCUCUUGACUUAAAACUGUAGGUUUUAGUCUGGGACUGAAGGGUUUCUUGCUGAUGUAAGGACAGGGAAGGGACAAACUUCUGCAAUAAAGUCCCUGGUGAGACAGACUGGAUGUCCUCAGACUUGUUACUCAGCUGUAGGUCCUGCCAUCUUAGGUCUGCUUUCUGUAUAGCCUGUUCCACGUUAAGGUUUUAGAGAAACACAGUAAUUCUCUAAGGGCUCUUCCAGGGAAUUCUCUUCUUGAAUAAGCUGCUUAGUCACCCAAACCAGGCUUUGUUCUGCCAUAGACCAUCAGCAUAAUCUCUGUUUAGCGAUGCAGCUGAAUAGUUCUGUCUGUUGCUUGGGGGUGAGAAGUUGUCCCAGGGAAGGUGGUGGCAGUGUAGCUGCGGAAGUGCCAUAAGCAGACCAGAAAUCCAGAAGGUGGUUGCUGCAGAAUGUAACUUGAGAGACUUCACCAGAGCCCAACGGGGUUGAUCUUCAAGCACAGCAAGAAAAUAAACCUCUCCAGAGCUGGGGGGUUGGCAGGGGAGAACUGCAAUAAACAGGACAAGCAAUUCAGGCAAAAUCAGCACAUCCCAAAUAGAUUCUUGCCUCAGUAGCCAAGUAAAGAGGAUGACACUCCUUUACUAGCAGGAGCUGCUCUCUUGACCUCUCCACAGGUUACUAUGCUGCCUUUCUGGGGUUAUUUUGCACAUUUCUUUGUCUUGAAAAAAUGUUUGUGUGGUUGGUUUUUUUUUGCUCUUGAGUUAUUCCUUCAGUUCUGUGUAGGUACAAAUGAGUUUAGUUGUUGAAAAUGUUAAUAUAUAUAUUUGUGGUGUAUGUAUAAGAACAUGUUUUAAACAGCUGCUGUAGGGUACCUUUUUAAAAAUAAACUACUUACAUAGUAUAUUUUUUAAAGCACAGAAUUGGUGCCAAGACUGGGUGGGGUAUGAUGUGCCCCUUUCUUUUUUAAUCUAAUAUUGUAUGAUUUUUUUAACAUAGAGGUUUGUACUAGUUUCUGUUACAGGGUGGGACACAAAUUGCACAAAAAAUAGUGUGUAUGGAGCCCUACUUGGUUGCCUUCGACUAGAACCAGUGUCUUCCUUAACUCCAGGGAAGCCUGUGUUCUCCUCACUUCUAACGCUCUUCAUGCUCCCUUGUCUCCAUCUCUUCUCACUUCCCCAGUACAUUUUGUACAGUUUUAAAACUCUCACUUCCUAUUUUAUGGCUGUAGAUAAUACUUGGUAACCUAAUAAACUUUAUUAAAUAUUGCUU